UGGCAUGAAUCGCACGUUAUCGCGCGACAACAAAAAGCCAAGUUAGCGAAUCAUUAAGUGAAAUUUCAACGCAAUACUUCCAUUCAGUAGAAUUCGAUGAGAAAACUCCCCAGUGUUAUACCCAAUUUAGUACAUAUAUUAUCGGGGAAAACGACGACGCGAGUCAUUCGAACUUGAAAAUUUCCACAUCAAGUUUGGCAAAAACGACGAAAAUGCUAUGAAAACCCUGUGCUAAACACAAAUACUAACAACACGACGCCUUGAAGACGCAGUGAAAACAAAGCUAAACAAAUAUCAAUAUAAACAAAUAAUUCGUAAUAAUGCACGUGUACUACAAGUUCGGAUUACUGCUGAUAUUUUUGCUAAGCGUGAGCAUCAGCCACACAAAUGCCGCUCCAGCGGGCAGCGAGGAGGCAAAUCCCCUCGAGGACUUUAAUUACGGCGAUGAUGACUACAGUGAAACAGCGACGGGCGAGGAAUCGCCGGAGACAGCAGAAAAUAGACUGAUGCCACAAUCAUCCUCCACAUCGACCACCACCACAUUUCGACCGAUAUUUAACAUACCACGACGCAGCAAUCAUGUCCUGGAGCCCAGUUGCCCGCGCAAUUGCCUCUGCCUGGAGGACUUCAAGUUCGUUCAGUGUGCCAAUGCGCAUUUAACCCAUGUACCCCUGGACAUGCCCAAAACGGCGGCCAUCAUCGAUCUGAGUCACAAUGUGAUUGCCGAACUGAGGCCGGAGGAUUUUGCCAAUCUGUCCAGGGCGGUGGAAAUCAAUCUGAAUCACAAUCUGAUCAGCAGCAUAGACAAGGAUGUCUUUCAGGGAUCGGAGCGUUUGAAGCGCCUGCGGCUGGCCAACAACCGUCUAACCAAAAUCGAUCCCGACACCUUUGCGGCGGCCAAGGAACUGACGCUACUCGAUUUGAGCAACAACACUAUAACCCAACGCCUGGAUGGAUCCUUCUUGAACCAGCCCGACCUGGUGGAGUUUAGUUGCGUCAACUGCAGCUGGACGGAGCUGCCAGAGCAGACGUUCCAGAACAUGAGUGGCCUGGAGGUGCUGCGCUUGAACAAGAACGAUUUCAAACAGCAAAUCAAUACGAAAGCUUUCUCGCCGCUAACAAAAAUAAUUAAACUGAAGCUGCCGGAACUGGAGCAACAGAACAUCGAGGAGCUGUGCGGCCUGCUGACGUCCAUCGACACGAUUAGCUUCCUCAACUACGACAUCAGCUGCUACGAGUUCGUACUGGGCACACCCUUCAACGGCAGUCUCAUCUAUCCCACGGAGCCGCCGCUCAAGGGGAUUUCCGAUCUGCCCAUCGUCGCUAGCAUCACCAGCACUGCAAAGCCAGUGGCCGCCACACCCGCACCGCCCAGAAGUGCCAAUCGCAAUCGGGCGAAAAUGGACAACAGCACGGAGCUGGUCAAAGCCGGAAUCCUGAGCUCCGAGACCAGCACAAGCGGAGUGAGCGUGGAGCCGCCUGCCGAGAACCAGACCAACCAGGUGCAGAUCUCCCAGGAGGCCAUCAACACGCUGCUCAUCUGCAUCAUGGUUCUGGCCGUGAUUGGCAUCGUCAUCGGACUCAUUUGCCGCCAGGAUAUUGGCGGCAUCAAAACCAAAUGCUGCCGCACUAGCAAACCAGAGCCAAAGGAUCAGGUCCAUCCCACUGAGGAGAUACCACUGAAUAAGCUAGCCUAAGAAAACUUUCCAAAACAAACCAAUACCAAACGAUCGAAGAUGAAAAGAGAAUCCUAUCCUUCUCCUCCAGUUUCGAGAACAAAUUCCAUUUUGCCGGCAUUUUUGAUAGAUUAUAAAUAGGUAUAUGUAUAUCACGUAUGUAUAUGGCUAGUUAGUUAACUACUUUGACUCGGUAUCUAGCCUAACUAUAGUCUCUCCUACAAUGUUUCCCGCACAACAACUCAACCGAAUCCGUUGUUAGAUUCUAGUUGUCAGUCGGAGUAGAUUAAGCCGCCUAGUCGCUUAGCGUUCUGUUCUUUAGGGGGACUCGGUAAAUGGGAUCCCGCACCAAAAAACCUGGCACUGUUCUAGUUUUAGAUCCCAAAUCAAUUUCCAUCGCAGCACUUAAAUUAAUGUAAAACCCUAGAUAAUCUAGUUGUUAGCUUUAGACUUUUGCCAAAAUACAAUAAAAGUAAUUAUU